GAUAACAAGCAACAGACAGUUGGCCUUGACAUUACUACAAACGCCCGAGAACCGGCUACAUUUCCAUAUUAUAACUAAAACUACUCUAACCAGUCGGGUAAUCACUUUACCAGUGGACUCUGUGAAGGAAACACGUCGCUAUGAAGUCCUUUAUAGAAUACGCAUCAAAUUCAGACUUUCCUAUCGAAAAUCUCCCGUAUGGAGUUUUCACUUCGCCAAAAAAUGCCGAUAAACACAUUGGAGUUGCUAUUGGCGACUAUAUUUUGGAUCUGAAUGUUAUAUCGCAUCUCUUCAAUGGACCCUUGCUGAAGGACAAACAAAAUGUAUUUAAGGAAGACAAACUCAAUGCCUUCAUGGCACUCACGAAACCCCACUGGGUGGAAGCAAGGAACACUCUGCAAAGCCUGCUGGAUGUCUCGAAUACCACUCUGCAGAACGACAGCGAACUUAGACAAAGGGCAUUCGUCAAACAAAACGAAGCACAAAUGCAUCUGCCAGCAGAAGUGGGCGACUAUACCGACUUCUACUCGUCCAUACACCACGCUACCAACGUCGGCAUCAUGUUUAGGAGCAAGGAGAACGCGCUCAUGCCGAACUGGAAAUACAUUCCCGUCGGCUACCACGGUCGUAGCAGCUCUAUCGUGGUAUCCGGAACUCCCAUCAGAAGGCCUUACGGACAGACCCUGCCUGUUGAAGGGGCGGAGCCGCACUUCGGGCCGUGCCGGCUGAUGGACUUCGAGUUGGAGAUGGGUUGCUUUGUGGGCGGCCCGCCCACCGCGUUAGGCCAGCGAGUUACUGCUAAGAAUGCUGAGGAGCACCUGUUUGGGUUCGUGCUGCUUAAUGAUUGGAGCGCGCGCGACAUCCAAAAAUGGGAGUACGUUCCCCUCGGUCCGUUUACCGCCAAGAACCUCGGCAGCAGCAUAUCUCCCUGGGUGGUCACCGUGGAGGCUCUCCGGCGCUUUGCCAUAGAUAACUACCCGCAGGAGCCGGCGCCGUUCGCGUACCUGAAACACGAGGACAGGUUCAACUUCGAUAUCAAGCUGGAGGUGGAUUUGAAGCCUGAGUCGACGUCCAAAGUGACAACGAUUUGCCGCUCCAACUACAAGUUCCUGUAUUGGACCGUCAAACAGCAACUCGCACAGCAGACUGUAACUGGAUGUAACCUGCGCCCCGGUGAUAUGCUGGGAUCAGGCACCAUUAGCGGUGACACUCCAGACUCCUACGGUAGCAUGCUAGAGCUAGCCUGGAAGGGCACCAAGCCUCUCCGCCUCCUAAACGGAGAGGAGAGGAAGUUCCUGCAAGAUGGCGACACCGUCACUCUCCGCGGCUACUGCGUGUCAGAAGAUGGCGUCCGCAUUGGGUUUGGGAAGUGCGAGGGAAAACUGCUGCCCGCUAUACCUUUUGAAGAAUAAAUAUACUGUUUAUGAUGUACCUUAUUAAAGUUGUUUUAAGUUUUA